GUGUAUUUUGACCCUGCCCACGCACCAUCGCUAGCCAAAACAGAAAAUGGCGUCAGCUGAGUCCCAGCCGCGGUUUGGCCAGUCUGUCAAAGGCUUACUAUCCGAGAAAGUGGGCUCCUGUAGCGGGGAUGUGAUCGCAAUGACCCGUCAAGUGCUGAAGGGAUCCCGGAGUCAGGAGCUCCUUGGUCAAGCAGCAAGAAAUAUGGUCAUUCAGGAGGACGCCAUCCUGCAUUCUGAGGAUAGUCUGAGAAAAAUGUCCAUUAUCACCACACAUUUACAAUACCAGCAGGAGGCCAUCCAGAAGAACGUGGAGCACUCUAAAAACCUGCAGGACCAGCUGAGACACCUGCUAAAGUGAGGGAGCAGCAGAGGACGCACCCCCACCCUCAGGGGUGACCCUGUGUCAACCAACAGGGGCUCAGCAGGAGGGUUCAAUGUGGGAUAAUCUGCCAUCUGUUUACUUUGGAACACACCGGUGGCCGGUGCAGCUGGGACAGGAAGGGAUGUGCUGCUCUGUGCCUGGGCUUAAGGCCGGCUACACACUGGCUGCGUGGCGUAAGCGUGGCGUUUCUGUUGCGUGUCAGCUGCGUGGCGUUUUCUAUGUCUUUACACACCA